AUGGCCAAUCGCCAGGCAUGGGAAUCAGCAAGGGAACUAGCUAUGCAGGACAGCAACUCAGUUGCCAGACUCCCUGCUGAUGAUACCAAGCCAAAAGAUAUACAUGCUACGUCUUCAACUCAUGCAUCACGCAGGAGGAGGUCGUACUUGCCCGCACCGAAGCCUAUCACUCGCUUCCGAAUCACCAAGAGCUGCCUUAUCUGUCGGCGGCGCAAAGUGAAAUGCGACACCGCCCGUCCGACAUGCGGAACUUGUGAAAAAACGAAAUCCGAAUGUGUAUACAACUCUUCGUCCCUGACUGAUUUCUCCCAGUCACCGCACCAUUCAGGAGAUAAUAGUCAUGGUAUUAAGCGGCAGAGGGAACUAAACGACCCCGUAGUUGUUGAAAGUUCAUCUGUCGAAGUGCAAACACCGUACCACAUAUUGAGAGAGAUACAGCGGGGUCAGGCUGCGCUGCGCGAACAGUUUUCAGAUUCACAAGCUAUUGCCUCCAGGUUGGAUCAACUCACAGCCAUUGUUGAGAAAUGGACUCGAACAAAUGGGCCUCAGUCUCUCGAAAAACUUAAUACGGCCGGCCAGAGGCUGAUACAUGAUACGCCAAUUGAUGCUGAAUUUCAGCAGCGAGGCGCGACUGAUUAUCUGAAGUUAGCGGACAUUUCGUCCCCUGCUGGUCAGUCGUCCAAAGCUCGACAGUGCCAAACAGGGCAUACUGAAAAUAGCACCGGUGAUGACUUUCCGAUCCCGAGCGGCCUGGAAACGGACCUUGUUGAUCCGGUUGGGUCGUUAAAUUUGGGCCACCUAAGUUUGGAAGAAGGUGGGAAAUCAAGAUACGUUGGAACGACCUAUUGGGCAUACAUCUCGCGCGAGAUAACGGAGCUUAACCGGCUACUGCGAGGCCAAACCCUCUCUAAUGAUCGCUCAGCCAGUCCAAGUGAUGACUAUUCUUCUUUGGAUGAAGAUGAAUUCCAGGAUUUGACGCCUCCAGGCAGUAGUCGCGGAACAAAGACAACACCACAUACCCGCAAGGACUCGAUUAGCAAAUCAGUGCUGUUCCCAUUGGGCGAGCCACCGGGAUCACUGGAUAAACCAGUUGAAUCAAAUAUGUUGGAGAAUGUCCCUACAAAACGACAGAGCGGCAUUUUGUAUAAAGGAUUCAUGUCUGGAGUGCAUGCUAUUAGCCCGGUGGUGCAUCCCCCUUCGAUUCUCAAAAAAUAUAAGGCAUUCUGGAAUUGGUACGAGAAUUCCGGGGAAUCUGGAGAACCUUGUCCUGAUCCUUCCUUUAUUCCACUUCUUUAUGCCAUCUGGUACGGUGGCUCUGUUACAAUAUCGCUCUGGACGAUCCGCGAUGAGUUUGACGUCGAAAAUCGGGCCGCCUUGUCUACCAUUUUCCAUGACGAAGUUACUCGUUGGCUUCGCAGAAUAUCGUUUCCCAGAAACCCCUCAAUCCAUGGGCUCAAGGCGUUCCUUCUUGUACAGACUAUUUUAUCUAGAGAAGAAGAGCCGCUGGCGAGUAGCUUGUUCAUUAGCCUUGCCCUUCGUGUUGCCCAAACCAUGGGGUUGCACAGAGACCCUGCUCAGUUUGGCAUUUCAGCUUGUCAGGCAGAGGCUAGAAGACGCAUAUGGUGGCAUAUUGUCCAUAUGGAUGGCGUAGUAGCGAUGUCCAGCGGCCUCCCUCCUCUUGUGAGUGAUGAAAAUUACUGGGAUGUACGCAUUACAAGCGAAGUUAAAGAUACUCUUUUAGAUACCCCUGAAGCGGCAGAGUACGAACGCAUGAUUAACAGCAAUGAGCGGAAACCGGAUUGCCCAAGUGAUCCGAAUAUGUGCCCAGGUUCAUCCAUGGUGAAUGUGUAUUAUCUAUCUGCGAAAGGAAAAUAUGUUAUGGCUCAGGCGAUUCGAAAGAUCCUGAAGAUUCAAUUAGGGACCAAACCAGUUACUCGACGGGACAUGGAAGUUUUGCGUACAAUUUUGAUUGACCUUCAAUCUCAAUUAAAGGCAAUAGUCGAUCGGAUACCGGUAUCAACAUCCGUGAGCCCUACCAGCCGCGAUGCCUCCAGCUACCACUCCACUCCAUCAUGUUCUGCAUCUACAGCUAUGGAUUCUAAUGAAUCUACGACAUCUGACAUCGGUCCUAGCUGCCUAGAGCAGUAUCACUCCCCAGUCCUGGUUGCUUUUCACAAGUGGGCUAGGAUAUUACUUUCCCUUUUCGUCGACAAGCCAUUUCAAUGGAGCUGGCCAGGGAUAAUGCUUAUCGACCUAUACGAACGCCCGCAAACCGCAGAGGCACCCAAAUCCCGCGCCUUCAUCGACAAGAUCUUCUCGCUUUCUGGCCCUGAUGGAGGCGUGGUGGGCGGUGAGGAUGGCAUAUCAACUUCUCGGCCCCUAAGAGACGGCGGCCGUGAAGCGUGGGACAUGUUACGACGUUUGCGGGAGAAAGCUUGGCUAAAAGCAGGGCUUGACCCGAGCGUACUUUGGACAGAACAGGCACAGGCGGAGGCUCGGCGUCCGAGUAAUAAGCACAUGGCUAUGCAAAUUCCUAAGGAACGACGUGGAUCUACGUUCCGAAGUUUGGCUGAUGGUUAUUUUACGCCCGUCAAGGAACCGUGCGAUCGUAAUAUACCCAGCAAUAGCCAAUCGGUGAAACCACAAAGGGAACGAGAGCGGGCGCGAGCGCAGAACGUGAGGGACAACGCACAUAAAGAAGACAAAUUUAUCCAAGAAAGGCAUCCCCAUACCAAACUAGAAGCCAAUAGUGUUUCCUCCCAUGACUACGCCACAUCUACAAGUCCACUGCCAGAUAAUUUAUUUCCAUGGCCUGCUGCUACAUCCCAACCCCCUCAGGCGGGCGACACUACCAAACAACCCUGGUCCUCUCCCCAAUUCUCACAUUCUACUAUUAACGAUGCAUCCGCAUACCAAUUCCCUUCACCACCGCCCGCGACCACAACCGCUAAUCCCACUACACCACCAGGAACAUUCAACACUCCUACCUCCUCCACAAGCCACAACACCAGUAGCCACGACAGCAAUAACGCCGUUAACCUUCCCACUUUCACGUCAACCCAACAUCCUACGGCGCUGAACCUCCCCAUGCCUGUGCCAAUCUCCACCGCACCCAACAUCAACAUCGAUAUGCAACAAAACCCAAACCCUAACCGCAACUUAUCCUUCCAAUCUCCCAGUCCCAGGUCGAACAACCCUUUACCAGAUCCUCUUAACCUCCAAUUCGACUGGGACCAGUGGGAUGCCGUUUUCGGGCCGUCACUUCCUGUCGUUGAUGACUUGAUGCAUCUUGAUAGCAUCAAUACUGGCAUGAUGGGGCCAGUCGCAGGGGUGGGUGGGAACAUGGAAACUGGUAUUAUCGCUGGCGGUGGCGGCGGUGGUGGUGGUGGCGGCGGUGGAAGAGGAGGUGGAGGAGAAUCUGUUCUAAGCGGUGACGAGUCGGGCGCGGGAUUAAUGGAUCUUGGGUUAGCAGCUGAGUAUUACAACGGUCGUGGGCCCUGA